AUGACGCCUACAAAGAUCAUGUGCCUGCUGCUUGCGCUGCUGCUGGCUGUCUGCGGCGCACGCGCCAUGGUGGUGCAGCUGGAGGUGCUGGUCCUCACGGCCCCAGGCUUCUCUGGCAUUGGCUUCAUGACCCAAGUGAUGCGCGGCUACGGCGUCCCCUUCACGGUGGUGCCAGUCAGCCCCGGCUCCUCCCUCAACCUCACAGAGCUCCUGUGGACCUCAGACAGCUCCGCCCGCUUUGCCGGCUACGUCAUGUACCCCAACCUCGAGGCCACUGGCUACCUGACCCAUGCACAGGUCGAGGAGCUGUGGGACUUCCAGCGCAAGACGGGCGCCCGCAGCGUCAAGUUUGGCGCCUGGCCAAGGAGCGUCGGUCUUGAGCCCGACAACUCCAACUGCGGGACAAGUGAUGUCAUCAUGACGUUCACCGACAGCACCCCAAUCGGCGCGUCGGGCGUCAACCCCGCCGCGCACCUGGCCAGCGGCGGCCUCUGGAGGUGCCCCGGCAAGGCGGCGCCGCUGCUGACCACCUGCGCAAUGUGGGCCAGCGACUUUGCCGACGCCGGCCUGCACACACCCUGCACGCCGAAGCCGAUCCUGCAGUUUGCGCCACAGCAGCCCGACGCCGCGCCCCAAGUGGCGGGCGUGCUAGUCAAGUACCAAGACGGCCGCGAGUCGCUGGCGUUUGUGUUUGACUGCUCCGACCACAGCACCACCUGCAUGCUGCUGGGACACCUGUCCCUGGGCUGGAUGCUUCAAGGGCUCGUACCCGGGGAGCGGCGCGCGCUGCUGACGGUGCAGCUCGACGACUUCCUGCUGACCACCUAUUUUGACAGCUCAGCGCCGGCCGGCCUCUCGCAGAACGUCACUUCAUAUCGCUCAUCGCUGCAGGACGUGCUUUCUCACGUGACGUGGCAGCAGCACCUGAAGCUGCGACUCCCUUCUGGCAGCGAUAUCAGGCUCGACCUUCCGUUCAACGGCGGCGGCGUCAUCGGCGCCAAGGCGGGGGCGGCCGCGCAGCCUGUGGGGAACUCCCUGGCUGUGGACGACCGCAGCUGCAUCGACAUGCCGGCCUACAAGGACCUCAAUUGCAGCUGCUGGAACGUGGGGACACAUGCCUGCCCGGCCGACGCCCCCGAAUUCUGCCGCAACUGCACCAAGGACUGGCCCAAGCCCCUGGGAUUCGGCAAAAACCGUGUCCCACAGGCCGCCGUGAACUUCAGCUCCCUGUGGCACGACCCGCAGUUUCGCUUGGAGGAUCCCAUCGCCACCGCCCUCAAGAACAACGAGGGGGGCAUCGCGGACGCAUUCUUCUUCUCGCACCACACGUUCACGCACGAGGUCGGCGCCGGGCUCAGGCUGUGGGCGGGGGCGGAGGCGGGGACGGAGACGAUUGGCAACCUGGACAACGCGACGGCCUUUGACGCCGCGGAGCAGCUGUCCCUGAACGCUGAUGCGGCGGCCUUCCUCGGCCUGUCAAACCGCUCCGGCUUCAGCAGUGGCUGCAUGGUCACGCCCCAGAUCAGCGGCCUCCACAACGGCGACGCGCUCGCCGCCCUCGCGCGCCAAGGCGUGGGCUGCGCUGUCGGCGAUAACACCUGGAGCUUCCUCAUAAACCCUGACAACCCCCACCACAUGCUUUACACGACCAAAAAGGAGCAUGGCUACAACGGUUUCGAGAUCCUGCCGCGCUUUGCGACCGAGAUCUAUUACAACUGCUCGACCGCGAGCCAGAAUUUGGCGCUGUACAACUCUCUGUACCGUUCAUUCUACGGCAGAGACUCGACCAUCGACGAGCUGAUGCAGCGAGAGGCAGUCAGGGUCGUGAGGGACGGCCUGCUGUCGCUGCGCCACGACCCCUACAUGAUGCACCAAGCCAACCUAGCGUUGCUGGAUGGCUCCGGCAAGAGCCUGGCGAUGCACUGGGUGGAGGCCGUCGUGGCUGAGUUUGGCAAGUACGCGUCGUGGCCCCUCACCUCCCUCAAGCUCGACGACCUGAGGGCCGCGUUCCUGGCGAGGCAGGCGCGCGACGAGUGCGCCCUGUCGUACGCGAUAGAGGUCGGGGCCGGCGGCGCCGUCACGGCCGUCAUGGUCAAGAGCGGCGCGGCAGCGGUCAACAGCACGCAGUGCUUGGCGCCGCUGAUCGCGGGGGGCAGCAGCGCUACCAUCCCCGUUGCAAGGGGCGGCUCUGCGCGGGUCGAGCUGCCGGGACUGUCUUGGCACAUGCCGGCUUCUACUGCGUAA